UAAUCAUCAAAAGGAACAAAGAUGAAGAUGAGCAGUGCCACCAUGGGAUCCUCUAAGAGAAGGCUAUCAUCAAGCAGAGGCCUUGGAGGUGUUCUCCGAGAGCAAAGGGCUAAGCUUUAUAUUAUACGAAGAUGCGUUGUUAUGCUCCUUUGCUGGCAUGAUUGAACCCCCGCUCCUUCUACCUACUAGCCAUGGAGGAUUUGGGGUUUUUUCCCUCUCUUUCUUUCUUCUUAUGCUUCUUGUUUUGGUGGGGGUGUAAAUACCGGCGGCGGUCGGCAGAUGUUAUCGGAGAGUUAAAAAAAGGAACAAUUUUUGUAUGCAUUGGCCUAAAUAUAAUUAGAUAGCUUGAACCAAAAUCCUUAAUAUUA